AUGUCAGCUCAUGAAUCACGAAGUUAAAAUGUACUACAACUCGUAUCAGUUACGGGGCUUCUUACAACACAUGCUAUUCACGUGCUUCCACUUGCCAUCGUGCAGUCUUCGUUCUCACCGUCGACUUUCGUCGCCCUUAGCUUAGGUCAGUCUCUCCCUUGCCGUGCAUUCCCCGCUACCACUCUUUCUUCUUGCCGGCGACGGCCUCUCUCCCCUUUCCGGCAUCUUCAGUUCUAGACUCUCCUUUUCUCUUCCACUCUUUGAAAUUUUAGUGAAUUUCUCUAAUUUAUACUAUUUCGAAGAGAUUGCAAUAAAGAUGAUGGGAUAUGAGAAUCAGAGUUACGAAGAGUCUCAUCUAUAUGCAUCCAAAGAGGAGAUGGAAUCACUAGUCCUCAACGACGAUUCAUCCAACGGCGCUCAUUCAUUCUCCGAUCCACUUUCCUCCUCAUCUCUGCCGUUCGCUGAAAUUCCCGCUGAGCAAAGUCAAACCCCUAAUUCUUUCAAUUCUAUCCUUGAACCUCCUUCUUAUGCUGAGGCUAUUUUCAGAUCCUUUGAUGCCGAUCACUCUCCUACUGAAAUCAACGGUCACGAUCACUCUAUCGCUUCGCCUUCCUCGUCUCCGUCCUCAUCCUCGGAAUUCCUGAGAAUCAGCGUUUCGGAUCCACUGAAAGAGCAAGAGCUGACGAAUUCGCUCGUUCCAGGGGGGUCGAAUUAUGUUACGUACCUAAUUACUACGAGGACGAACUUACCUGAAUUCGACGGAACUGAAUUCAGCGUUCGGAGGAGAUUUAGAGACGUGGUGACUUUAUCCGACCGGUUGGCGGAGUCGUACAGAGGUUUUUUCAUUCCGUUAAGGCCGGACAAGAGUGUAGUUGAGAGUCAGGUGAUGCAGAAACAGGAGUUUUUGGAACAGAGGAGAGCAGCACUGGAGAAGUACCUGAGGAGAUUAGCUGCACAUCCGGUGAUUCGGCGGAGCGAGGAGCUGAGGAUGUUUCUGGAGGCGAAUGGGAAGCUGCCGCUGGUGAGGACCACGGAUGUGGCGUCAAGGAUGUUGGAUGGGGCGGUGAAGUUACCGAAACAGAUGUUUGGCGCUGAGACAGUAGUAGGCGGAAUGGUGGAUGUGAAUGAGGUGGCUCAGCCUGCCAAAGGAGGUAGGGACUUAUUGAGAAUCUUUAAGGAGUUGAAGCAAUCUGUGACUUAUGAUUGGGGUGGUGUGAAGCCACCUUUAGUAGAGGAGGACAAGGAAUUACUGGAAAAGAAAGAGAAAUUGCAGGAUUUUGAGCAGCAGCUCAGCAAUGUGUCUCAGCAGGCUGAAGCACUUGUAAAAGCUCAGCAGGAUAUUGGAGAAACCAUGGGGCAAAUGGGCCUAGCUUUCGUCAAGUUAACAAAGUUUGAGACAGAGCAAGCAGUUUAUGAUUCACAAAGAACAAGGGCUGCAGAUAUGAAGAAUGUCGCAACUGCUGCUGUUAAGUCGAGCAGGCUAUAUAGGGAGCUAAAUGCACAAACUGUCAAACAUUUGGAUAAGCUCCAUGAAUACCUUGGAGUCAUGUUAGCUGUGAACAAUGCAUUUUCGGAUAGGUCAAGUGCUCUUCUGACUGUACAGACAUUGUUGUCAGAGCUGUCAUCACUGAAUUCAAGGAUUGAAAAACUUGAAGCUGCUUCAUCUAAGAUAUUUGGUGGGGACAGGUCUAGAAUUCGUAAAAUAGAAGAGCUCAAAGAAACUCUUAGAGUUACUGAAGAUGCCAAAAGUUCUGCUGUGAGGGAGUAUGAGCAGAUCAAGGAAAACAACAAGAAUGAGCUCGAGAGAUUUGAGAAGGAAAGGCAUGAUGACUUCUUGGGAAUGUUGAGAGGAUUUAUUGUCAAUCAGGCAGGGUAUGCAGAAAAGAUGGCAAAUGUUUGGGAAACGGUUGCAGAGGAAACUAGUGGAUAUGCAAAACAUGGUAGCUGAAGAGUUGCUGUACAUAUUGGCUUUUUAGCUUCUGCCUUUAUUUUUUCCUUUAACCGCCUACCUAUCCCCCUCCCCUUGUGUAUUCUGCUUGAUUUGUAAACUAGCUUAGAGACAGGUUCAUAUCUCAAAUGUAAAUGUUUGAUCCAACAUUUUGUCCUCGUAGAGUUCUAAUUGAUAGCCUUUGGGAACUUUCAUUUACCA